CUGCAGCUGGCCUCGGAGGCGAUCAAGGCCGCCUGCGACGACGCUGGCAUCGCUCCGCAGGAUAUCGACGGCCUGAUCCGCUACGACAUGGAGUCGAACCACGAGACCCUGCUGACGCAGUCGCUGGGCAUCAAGAACCUGCGGCACUGGGAAUCGGUGUCCUACGGCGGAGGCGCGGGCAACGCGGUGGUGGGCCAUGCCGCCGCCGCCAUCGCCGCCGGCUAUGCCAACUACGUGGUUUGCUUCCGCGCCGCCAACCUGCGCUCGGGCUGCGCCUGGGCCGGGCCCGGGGACCGGAGCGGAUCGCCGGCGGGUGCGGACAGCUUUGCCGUGCCCUGGGGGAACAUGGCCCCGGCGCACCGUUUCGGCAUGUUCGUGCGGCGCUACAUGCACCAGUACGGGGCCACCAGCCGACACUUCGGCCCAAUCACCAUCGACGACCACCAGAAUUCCCGCAUGGUGGUGGACCCGCUGCACGUCCUGGACUUCUGCCAGGAGAACGACGGCGCCGCCGCGGUGGUGAUGACGACGCCGGAGCGGGCACGGGAGCUGCGUCACUCGGGCACGCUGACCCUGGUGGAGGCGGCGGCCCAGGGCUCCGGCCCCCGCAACGAUGGGAUCAUCUACCGUCCCGACCUGGCCGUUGCAGAAUCUGAGAACACCGCGCGCGACCUGUGGGCAAGGGCCCGGCUGGACGCCAGGGACAUGGACGCGCUGAUGUUCUACGACCACUUCACGCCGUUCUGCUUGAUCAACCUGGAGGCCUACGGAUUUGUGCCCCGGGGCGAGGCCAAGGACUUCGUGGAUGGGGGAGACAACAUCCGGUUCGAUGGCGCACUGCCCGUCAACACCCACGGCGGAAACCACUCUGAGGCGUACAUCCACGGUCUGACCCACGUACAGGAAGCGGUGCGGCUGAUCCGGGGCGACUCCACGGCGCAGCCGCCGCACAAGACCAUCAACCGGGUGCUGUCCUGCAGCAGCGUGCCCAGUUGA